CGAAGAUGACAUUCGCGCGGUGACAUUGGAGAUCAUUCAUCAAUCUUCUCCUUGUCUCCAGAGCGGAGUCAAGAUGUCUGAGGCUGUUGCGCCGCAACCUGCUCUACAGCAGGUCGGCAGACCGUUGAGUUUAAUUCCAGUUGGGUUGAAAGAGGCAGCUCUCGAUUCCCCAACAUUCCGUGCAACAGCUGUUCAUUUUUCGGACCAGGUAGAAAUCGUCGAGAAAUGGCUCGAUGCAUACGUCAAAUCCAUCUCGAAGUUGAUUCACGACUUCUCGUCCCUCGACGAGACGUUAAACUCCUUCCUUCUUCGAUCGAUUCCCCCUGCGAACGUCUCAGAAGCUGUACUGGAUCAUGACUAUACAUUGUUGGCAAUGAGACGCUUCGGCGAGGGAUCUAGAGAGUGGUGGUCGCAUGUCAUCUCCGGAAUCAAGAAGAUGGAAACAAAUAUCGUAGAGCCAAUUAAGGCUUUCAUGGUCGGAGAGUUACGGAAUUUCAAAGACGCCCGUAGGUAUCUUGAACAAUCACAGAAGACUUUCGACAACACCCUAGCAAGAUACGUGGCCCAAUCGAAAACAAAAGAACCCUCUUCUCUGAGAGAAGAUGCUUUUCAGGUCCACGAGACUCGGAAAGCGUAUAUCAAAGCGUCCUUGGACUUUUGCCUGCUGGCUCCUCAACUUCGUUACACUAUCGAUAGGCUUCUCGUGCGUGUCUCAUCGGAUCAAUGGCGAGAUAUAAAACGCUCACGGGAUACUGGCGGCGUCAGCUUUGAUAAAUGGAAUGGCGAGAUGGAUCGCGUGCGAGGUUGGAGCAAAGAAAUGGAAGCAGGUGAAGGUGUGUUUCGUCGCGAACUGCAGGUUGCUAGGAAAGAGAUUGGAGAGACUGCCGCCCAGGCAUCUAAACCUUCGCGGGAACUGGAAGAUUACAAUCUUUCUACCGUUAGCUUUCUUGGUUCUAAGGGGGGUCCGUCGAAUGUAAACAUCAAGUCGCAGGGCAAGGAAGGCGAGAGAUCUGAAAAGCAAGGGUGGUUAUUCCUGCGGACAAUAUCUGGAAAACCGGCAAGGACGAAUUGGGUUCGUCGCUGGUUCUAUAUCAAGAACGGGAUAUUUGGUUGGCUCGUCCAAGGUCUUUCUGGCGGCGUCGAGGAAAGCGAAAAGGUUGGCGUGCUUCUUUGCAAUGUGAAGCCAGCUGUCCAAGAAGAACGUCGAUUUUGCUUCGAGGUUAAGACGAAAAACCAGACAACCCUUGUUCAAGCGGAAACACAGGUGCAACUCAUGGAAUGGUUAGGGACGUUUGAAACCGCAAAGAAGAAGGCGUUAGAGGCAAGCACAAAUAAUGAUCGCCGUCGCGCGGGGGAUAUCGAUCCUGCCUUUUCAAUCACCCCGCCUUCUGUUCCGGAAUUCGCUGCCAAAUCCAUGGAUGGCCAUGCUGUGCAUAGCAGCGAUGAUGCCGCCGCCGCAAGCUCUGAAAGGUCUAGCACACUGCCGAUCCCCGGGCCUGAAUUGGGCAAUUUGGCUUCACGAAGUAGUUUUGACAUACCUCAUCGCUCUAUUACCAUGAGGGAAGACGGCGAGACCGGUAGAGAUCAUGCAGCCAGAAUCAUGCAGAAGCUUGAUCUCCAUCGAAAGGCUACGAUUACCCCCGCCGAAGGCGCAUCUAUGGUCUCCCUGACAUCGUCUGGUGGUAUUGCUAGUCUAAUAUCUGCGAGUCAUAACAUUCUCCCGGUAUAUUCUACAUCUACUACUGCACAAACCAGCCAGAGCAAUCUCAAACUCCAGGGAGCACCACUUGCCCAAGUAGAGUCGCAAAUGAGCACACUGGCUCCUGCAACGCUUGCGAAUCCACCCGCACCAACGAACUUGAGUAAAGCAGCUGUCAUUGUUAGUGGCGAACGUGGUAUAGGGAUUGGCCGCAGUGAUGCUACGGGUGGUAUGCCAAGUGGAAUCAUGGCAAACUUCUGGGGCUCCAGUAACUGGGGUUAUAUUAAUCGCUUCAAGACAGGAGAUGUCAAGUCUUCUGACAUUGCCAAUCGAUCCGUACCAACAAGUCCGACUCUGCGAGCUCUUGAUUCAUCACGCCAAGUUGGUGGCAAUGAAAACCGUAAGCCUGACCCCGAGCUCUCAGAGCCUGUCCAUUCAUCGAUCAGUACAUCUACUGAUCCUAAGUCUAAUCCAGCUCUUACACCAACAGCUCACCGGAAAACGAUCAGCGUCGAUUCUGAGCCUGCACGCCUGCAAAAUCAGUCUACUCCCAAGCCAGAAGUGUUCCCCAGCAAUUACCCAUUAGAGUUGAAGAUGCAAGAGGCGCAGUUUCGAAUGCUAUUCCCAAAUGUUCCACGCUCUGACAAAAUUUUACUUGUAUUCCGCGCGACAUGGAAUCCAAACGAGCAACAGGAAUUUCCGGGGAGAGUUUACGUGACUCAGAACGAUAUAUACUUCUACAGUCACCAUAUGGGACUUGUGCUUAUCUCUGGAGCGAGCAUGGAUUACAUUACUGAAGUCACCACCGCUCCAGGCAAGGACUGCGAUUUUAUCUUCCUUCACCUACGAGAGGAUCCCUCGAACCACGGCUUUACUCGAGUAACGAUCAAGACUUUCUUGGAUCCACUUCGGCUGCUCCAAUCCAGAUUAAAUUUGUUGAUAGAUAUAUGUCAAUCAAAAAAGCAAAUGAGUCUGGAAGAAACCAUGGCUGCAUUGAUAAAUCUGGAAGAAGAGGAGCGUACCGGGACUCCAAAUUCGGAAAGCUGGGAGGAUAUCCCUGCUAAUACACCAAUUGAUGAUGGCACUGUGGCAGGAAGGAUUCGUAAGGAUCGACACAUGAGACCAACGUUCCAUGUUGAAAAAGGGCUACAUCUUGGUGGGAACAAGGGAAUCACCAAGUUUCAUCUUCCAUCGAGUCCUGUGGAAUAUGAACCACGGGAUAUGCAACGAAAGGCGGUCGAACGACAGUUCGAAAUCAGCCCUAAAGCGCUAUUUCAUGUCAUGUUCGGUGACAAAAGUGCGGUUUUCCAACUCCUGUAUCACGAGCGCCGAGCACAGCGGAUGUCGCAGGGCCCUUGGAUCCGGCUGGAUGGUGGCCAUAUGCGACGUGACUUUGAAUUCCAGAUAGAGUACUUGGAUAUCAUUGGUCGGUCUCGCCAGGCAAAUAUCGUUGAUUCCCAAGUCAUUGAUGUGAUGAAUGAUCACAUAUGCUAUGUCGUUACCGACAAGAAAACUCCAUGGCACCUGCCCCAUCAUAAAGACUUUAUGUUGGUCUCCAAGAUCGUCAUUACUCACGUUGCGAAGUCCAAAUGCAAAUUGGUUAUCUAUACCAAAGUAGAGUGGUCGAAGAAACACUUCUCUCAAAGUCUGGUUGAACGACAAGCCCUCGAUGAUUCCGGUCUCGACGCGCUAGACCUCUUGGACGUUGUAGCAGAUCAAGUGCGUAAGCUGGGACCACAAAGCAGAACGAAGAAAGCUAUCCAUAUCUUUGGCCAUAUAGGGCAGCAGACAUCUGUUACAACGUUCUCCGCUGCCGAGUCAGGUUCCUCAAAACGGCCUCAAAUUAAACAGCGUACGCUUACAACCAUGCUGUUCGAGACUGUUCGAUCCUUCGGGGAGAGUGCCAUUUCAUCCGUGAUGAUGUGGACAUUUGCAGUUAUCCGCUCACUCUGGAAGGCCAUGAAUGCACACAGUAUCAUUCUCUCUGCGCUCCUCCUUAGUGUGUUAAUGAAUGCGUUCUUUACUUCGCGAGAUACUUCCGAAUGGUGGGCUGAGAGAAACGCUGCAAAAUUCAUGAACAGGAUCGGCGUCGGGCCAAAUCCCAUAAUGAGCAAAGCGAUCUAUCUCAAAGACCUUGACGAUGCUUUGACCGCUGUGCCAACUUCGUUAAUGAACCAGUCUGGCAGUCAAUGCUACGCGCACUUCAGGGACAUAGCAAAUGCCACAGAUAUGAAUUCUCCCUAUGAAACUGCGGCGGCGACCUUUUCAGAUACAGCAACCCGAUCUACAGCGAAACGCCUAAGGCGGACACGCCAGCACUUCGGUUCAUAUCGGCAUGACUUGAUUGUUGCCAUGCGUUUGGUCAACAAUGUGGAGAGGGAGAUACUGCGAGCGGAGUGGGAGAAUUGGCUUCUUGAUGAGAACACGAAAUGCAAGCAGGCACAAAUGAUGUUAGGAGAGAAUCAAGCGAAUAUCUCACCCAGCGGGAGUUCGAAAACGGCCGAUUCUCAGCAGGUCGUGGAUGCCAAGCACCGGGAGAGGACCGGUAGGCUGGAUGGCCUUAGGAAAUGGCAGAGAGAAUACUGCAACAGCUGUAGAAUGGAGCAGGAGAAGUUAUUUGAAGGGCGGCAACAUCUUGCGUUUGGAUGAUGUGGUUACGGAUACACGGUCUUUAU